AAGAAUGGGGUUUUGAAUUCGAUCUGUAGCUGAAAGCGGAGCUUCCGAUUCGUUUGGUCUGAUUUCAUCUGCAUUUUGGAGAAUCCUCAGUGCCCUGUCCACCGUUUGGGCUUUGUGAGCACUUGCCCGAUUAUAUGAUGGAUCCGCAAACAGAAGUUCGUCAUGGUAAUGAAAAAGAGGAGCUAGGUGGGUUAACCGAAGUUCGAAAUGGUAAUGUUUCUGGACGAAUAGAAGCUUUUAAUGGUCUUGCUGAAGGGAAUCAUUUCUCUGACGUCCUUCAAUCGAAGCGUGGAAACUACGGAGAUCUCCCUGCUUCCAAGAUUUCAGAAUUGAUGAAAUUGGGUAAUCUAGAGAAUGCCUCUACACACUCACUUUUCGGUGUGGUCAAGAUGAUUCUGGAUGAAAGCAUUGAGAGAAAGAAUGAGGACAUUCCUUUGCGUGUCGCAUCCGUGCUGAAAUUAGUUGUGCAAGAAAUCGAGCACCGGGUUUCAAAACAGUCAGACAAUAUGAGAAAGCAAAGCUCUCUGUACAAGUCUCGUGAAGACAGGUACCAUUCGAAAAUUAAAGCAUUAGAAACCCUUGCAACUGGAACUAGUGAAGAAAAUGAGGUUGUCAUGAACCAACUUCAACAGAUGAAGAUUGAGAAGACUAAGAUUGAGGAGAAGAAAAAGCUCGAAGAGCAGGAUUUAAUUAAUUUGAGGAACGAAAAGCACAGCUGCGAGAGUCAAAUUUUGUCACUAAAUGAAGAACUCACCCUAGCCAAGAAGUCACAUGAAGAUAAUCUGUUUCAAUUGGAAACCAAGGCUGAAGAAACUAAAGAAAAUCUACAGAAGAAAAUACGGGAACUCGAAUGCCUUCUGACUGAUUCAAGUAAGAGGGUUAAAGAGCUCGAGGACUUCUCAGAAUCAAAAUUCUUGCGAUGGAAAAGAAAAGAACAGAGAUACAUGCACUGUAUAGAUUCCCAAUUUGGAUCACUACAGGAAAUGAGGUUGGCAUCUGAGUCCGUAAAACAAGAGGUCUCAAAGAUGAAGAAUAUUUAUGCAGCAGAAUUCUAUAAUUUUGGUUUAAAUCUCAAAGGCUUGGUAGACGCUGCUCAAAGUUAUCACAGUGUGCUUGAAGAAAACAGGAAACUGUAUAAUGAGGUUCAAGAUUUGAAAGGAAAUAUAAGAGUUUAUUGCCGUAUAAGGCCAUUCCUAUCGGGACAAAAUGGAAAACAAACAACCAUAGAGUAUAUCGGUGAAAAUGGUGAAUUGGUUGUUAUAAACCCUUCGAAACCAGGAAAAGAUACUCAUCGUCUUUUCAAGUUCAACAAGGUUUUUGAUCCUGCAGUUACUCAAGAGGAUGUGUUUCGGGACACGCAACCGUUAAUCAGGUCUGUUCUUGACGGUUAUAAUGUUUGCAUAUUUGCUUAUGGUCAAACCGGUUCAGGAAAAACUUACACAAUGACCGGACCAAAUUCAUCAUCAGUUGUCGAUUGGGGGGUCAACUAUAGAGCUUUGAAUGAUCUUUUCAACAUCUCUCAGAAAAGAAACAGCUCAUUCGCUUAUGAAAUUAGCGUCCAAAUGGUUGAAAUUUACAACGAACAAGUGCGGGACUUACUCUGCAACGAUAGCUAUCAGAAGAGACUUGGGAUAUGGAGCACUUCUCAACCGAAUGGGUUAGCUGUGCCUGAUGCUAGUUUGCAUCCAGUUAACUCAACCAGUGAUGUGUUAGAGCUGAUGAAUGUUGGCCUAAUGAAUCGAGCUGUAGGGGCAACUGCUUUAAAUGAAAGAAGUAGCCGGUCCCACAGUAUCCUUACUGUUCAUGUUCGUGGGCUGGAUUUGGAGACCAAUGCAGUUUUACGUGGCUGCCUUCAUUUGGUUGACUUGGCGGGAAGUGAAAGAGUUGACCGGUCCGAAGUGACAGGUGACAGAUUGCGCGAAGCACAACACAUAAAUAAAUCCCUGUCGGCUUUGGGAGACGUUAUCUUUGCACUGGCACAAAAAAGUGCUCACGUGCCGUAUAGAAAUAGCAAGUUAACUCAAGUUCUUCAAAGCUCUUUAGGCGGUCAAGCAAAGACGCUUAUGUUUGUACAAUUGAAUCCCGAUGUAGAGUCGUACUCGGAGACUAUAAGCACCCUGAAGUUUGCUGAGAGGGUUUCUGGCGUUGAAUUGGGUGCCGCACGAAGUAAUAAGGAAGGUCGGGGUGUUCGAGAACUUAUGGAACAGGUAGCUUCGUUAAAGGAUGUUGUAGCAAAGAAAGACGAAGAAAUCGGAAGGCUGCGUUUGCCGAAAUCCAACGGAGCCAGCGAAAGACACGGCAUGAGCUCUCCAGGGUACGGAUCAGCCUCUCCGAGAAGACAUUCAAUCGGACCAAAUAGACCGAGUCAAAGAGUUCCGGCGGGAAAAAGCCCUUCCGAAAAGGGCGCUUCCGAUAUGGACAAUAACUCCGAGUACAGCGAUAAGCAUUCCGAAGCUGGUUCGCAGCAGUCAAUGGAUGACUUUAGGCACCACAAAGAAUUCUUCCGACAAUCGAGAAUGGCGGCAGUUAUGGGCGGUGUUGGUGGUGGUAGUGAAAAUCUUAGAGAAGAUAUGUGUCUGAAGCUGGAUAUCGGAGAUCGAGGUACAAGUCUUGAUGAUGACGUGGAGCUUUUAGGGUUUGGCGACCCCGAUUCGGAAGAGAGGCUUAGUGAUAUUUCGGAUGGAGUUCUCUCUAUGGGAACGGAAACCGAUGGCUCGAUUAAUAGUAUUGUGGAGUACACUCUUUUCCCGGAGAAAGUGAAGCCAUCUACAGAGAUAACCGAAAAAGUGAAUGUGCCAGCUAAAGUCCCGAGACCACCAACAAAGCAAGGUCAAGUAGGAUCUUCUCGAAUGUCUCUCAGCAAAAGCUCCUCCAAACUUACAAGUUCUAAAAAACCGACAGCUGGCAGUUCUUCGGCAGUAAAAUCUUCUUCAAAGAGAUGGCAGUAAAUUCUCAAAAAAUAUCGUCGAAGUGGAAUAUGCUGUUUGUAAAUUAACAACGCUAGGUGUACCGUACCAUCGACUGGCUAAUUAGGUUAUUAGAAUUGUUGUCGUAGAAGAGUUAUUUGAAGCCCACUUUUUUUGGUGUAAAAUAUGUAGCCUAGAAAUAUGUAUUACUGUCACACCCCUCACUUUCUGGGUACAAAUUGAAGAUAUACAGAUGUUGUUUGUUCAGACAAACAAAUGGUGGUGCCUAUUAUUUCAAGUCACAAUGAAUUCAGCAUGAAAUAUUUUCUGUUAUA